AUGACUAAAAAGGCUGAGCUUGAGAAGCUUGCGGCUCAAAUCCAAAAAGAAGUCAGUUGCUACGAUGAAGCCGAUCCGACUGCCUGGGUGCGUAUCCAGGAUGCAAUGUAUCAACUCCGUCGAGCAACAGAGCCACCGAACAUAUUCGUCAUGAAGCAGCGCUUUCAUGCUGUUCAAAAUGUUUCUAUUGUUGCAGCGCUUGAAAUGGGGUUGCUCCAGCUAUUAGUAGCAAAUAAAGACAAGAGUAUGACAGUGUCAGAACUGGAGGAGAAGUCUGGAUAUCAUUUUUCCCUAAUAGCCCGCGUGAUGCGUAUGAUGAGUGCAAUCUCGUUUGUUGACGAAGUUGGGUAUCAGACAUACACUGCAAACAUGAAUACUGUUUCUCAAUGCGAACCUGGAAAUUCCGGGGGUAUCAUACUAACGAACGAUAUGAUCUAUUGUCUCGGAAGUAAAAUUCGGGAGUACCUCACCGAAAAUAAGCCCUGCGAUAUCAGCAAGACACCUUCUGCCUAUGAGUUUGCUAUGGGUGAGACUACAUGGGAAACAUUUACUAAGAACCCAGUGUGGAAGAAAGGGUUUGAUGAUAGUAUGACUCUCCGGAACAAAACCAUCUCGACUCCGUGGUAUAAGAAGUAUCCUGUGAAGGAGAACCUGUCUUCAGCAAAACCAGCUAUUGUUGAUAUUGGUGGGAAUCAAGGCGUUGACUUACAGCGAUUUGCUGAAACAUUCCCUGAGAUUGAAUGUGAGCUGGUCCUACAAGAUCUACCUGAGACCCUGGAGAGAAUCCCUGGUUCUCUAGAUCCGAAAAUCAAGCCAACGCCGUAUGACUUCUUCACGGACCAAGUGAUUAAGGGGGCGGAUAUCUACUACCUGAAAUCUGUGCUCCAUGACUGGGAUGAUAUCUCGUCUCAGAAGAUUCUUUCUAACACUGCCAAAGCGAUGCAACUCCACUCACGCCUUCUCAUAAACGAGAUAGUGUUAUCAGAUACCAAUGAGUCAUUGGUAAGAUGUGAUAUGGAUAUGUUGAUGUUUUACCUCUGCAACGGGAUGGAGCGUACCAAGAGCCAGUGGGCGGAACUGUUGGCCAAGGCAGAGCCCCCCUUAAAGCUUGUUAAUGUGUGGUCAGUGCCAGAAGAUCAACAGAGUGUUAUUGAGGCACGGCUGCUGAAUUAG